ACGCUGACACGCAUAGGAAAAGACUCUACAUUCUACAAAUACCCUCGAGACCUCGACCGGCCGACGCCCCGCUCGUCUCGUUGAGCAUCAUCCGCCGGACCACGAGCCCUGCGCGCGGCUGUGCUCCCCGCCGAGUCGAUUGGUCGCCGCCGACAACACGACCCGUCCGCCGCCGCUCCAACCGGGAGCCCGCCACCGCCGUCAUGGGCAAAAUUGGUAACUUCUUUGCUAAGAUCAUCAGAUUCAGGGAUGGACCGACCGCAUCCGCUGGCAGCGCCGAGAGCCCGUUCACUGCUCUGGUGGUCGCGCUCCUGACGUACGACACCGCCGUCAUGAUCGGGAUCCUCGCCGAGUCCAAGGACACCAUCGCCGGCUGGAACACCGCGACGGAAGUGGCGUACCUCGCCAUGGUGGUGGUGACCUGCGCCUUGAUAGGGGUCGGUUUCAUGGCGGGAGCCGGGUGCCCCGCCGCCGCCGCCUCCGCCGCCAAGCGGCUCGUCGGGGACCCCAGCUUCGUCUCGCCGUUCUGCGCGAGGUUGGGCGCGAUCCUCGCCAGCGCCCUGCUCGUCGUCACUAUCUCCUGCAAGUUUGAGCCGUGGGGAUGCACCGCCGGCGUACCGUCCGCCGCCGUGGUGGCGUGCGUCAUGGCGGCGGUCUGGGUGUGGGCGGAGCCUGGAGCGCGUGGCGCCGUCUGCGGCUGCUGGAGCCGCGUCAGGGGUCUCGGCAUCUCCCAGACAAAGUAAAGGCACCCAGCAGCGUCACCUCAAAAUAAUGGCUCAUGAGGAUUGUAAUUAACGAAUUCUUUGGUGGCCAUUUAUAUUUUUUCCCCAUGGGUUUGAACCGUUGUUGUAAAUUUGUCACUAUGAAUCAAAAUCACGGCCCUUAUCGACUUACUGUACAUGAGCCUGAAAUGUUGAAAUAUCAUUUUGGUCGCGAUAUA